GCAACGUUGCAACCGAAGUCCAGGAGGAGGCUUGGCUCGACAUAUCUUCUCGGAAUUUUCAUGUUUAUUACAGAUAGUUAAUUCGAGAGAAGGUCGAUAAGUUAGAUAGAGUCUGUUUCUUAAGAGGUUUAGAGAUUGGUGGUUGCAUGGACUGAAUACAGCUCCAGUUGCUGCAUUGCAAGGAAUGUGGCGAGGGCUGUAAUGCUUGAGUUAUAGCUUGUUUCUAUUGCAGGAGAGGGAGUUAACAAGGGAGCUUAGAGGGAUGUGGGAUUGUGGGCGACUUGAAUCAGAGUUAGGCAGUACAACAGUUGCAGCUGGAGAGUGUUGACGUCCCUGUAGACCUCUCUGUGGGGACGCGACUGUGUUGGCCGUGGUGGGUGAUGGUGGUUAGACUUUGCAUUGGUAAGGAAAGCGCCUCCGCAGGUCCGACAUUCGGUGGAGCCUUGUGGAGGUGCUGGAGGUGAGUGGCGUGAGACGAGCGCAUGAGCUUCGACGUGAGGUUUUGCUUUUGAUAGUUCUCGUUAGACGAUGAGUUUUUGCUUUGGAAGGUGCUGAACGAAGGCUGCUUGAGGCAUUCAGUCGAUGUGUGCGAUUGACUUACUGUUUCCAGGCUCUGGACGACCUCAUCUUGCAUUGUGGAGUUGCUAAGUUGGGGCUUGAGUUGAACUGGCGGGUAACCUGUCGGUGACCACGUACUAUCCUCCAAUCUCUUCCUAACCCCCUUUCGAGCCGGAGCUGAAGUCGUGACUUGAAGGUUGCAGGAGCACCACGGCUUGGACUAUGGAACCAGGUUGAUGCUAUAGCAGAAGAGUAGGAUAGGUGGCUGGAGUUAUUUACAUGUGCACACCAAGUCUAAAGCUUACAGAACACAAACUUCAUUGGCCCAAGUCGAGUGCGUGUGGGACCGGUUUGUUGCUUGCAAUUUUUUCUGUGUCACUGGAACACGUGUACGACCUUCAGUUGUACCAAGCGAGCAAGAAGUCUCGUGAGAGUGGCUUCGUUGCUUGCGUUGCGGGAUCAAAGUGCGAGAUGCUACCUGCAAUUGCUACUCGUUGCUCUCCAAUUUGGUAGCAACACGUGAGAAUAAUAUAUGUCCCUGUAGAGAAAAGCAGGGCAAAGUGGAGAACCUGGGGGAUUUUCAUUAUGGAGAUUGGUAAGCCGAGCUGUCUUUCGCUGCUUGCGGGCAAGGAGACUUCGUUCAGCAAGCCGUUCCCAGAGAACAGACUGGCAUCUGAAGGGUCCGACGUAGUGUCGAUAGACGUGAGUACUGUGCAGUCGGGGAGGAAUGCCCCUACGAUUGUGCAGCUGCGGGAAGGGGAUGAAGGAGCCCCUCUAAUGGAACCUGCAAUGCGGGAACUAAGUUUUCUUUUGAGUGAGGAACAUGUUACCUUGCGUAGGAUAAGCCCAGUAGACAUUCCUGAGAUUGCGAUAUCGGGAGAGAAUCAGAAGUGGGAGGGGAGAAGCAUUGUGAAUGAUUGCGAUGCUCAGCGACCGAGUAGUUUGAGUCGUGUCUUGUCCUCAUCGUGUCACUCAGGCUCGUUCAGGGAAAGCAUCAAGACGGUGGGGUGCUUAGUGAAGCAGUUUAGCCUUGACCUUGCUAGGAAUUCGCGGAAUGUAUCCAGGGUUCAAGACUUGGGCAGCCCACCGUCCUAUAGGGGCGUUCCCGACCCUGAGCUUGGAGAUUGUACCUCCAUUAGAAAGCAGGGGAGUACAUCUUCUCGGGCGGAAUAUGCGAUCAAGGGGCUGCGAUACAUCAGCAAGGCUACCGCCACAGCUGACCAAAAGAAGUCCUGGGAGCAAGUAGAGGCGCGGUUCCUCAAGCUCGCCGACUCAGAGAAUAUGCUACAUCGCACCAAUUUUGCCGAAUGCAUCGGGAUGAGUGACUCCAAGGAGUUUGCAAGUGAGCUCUUCGACGCUCUGGUGCGUCGGAAAGGCAUUGAGGUGGAAAGCAUCACUAAAGAUGAAUUGUACGAGUACUGGUUGCAGGUUGCGGACAGAAGCUUCGACGCUCGGAUGCAGAUAUUUUUGGGCUUGUGUGACAAGGAUUUAGAUGGUCGCAUCACCGGCGAGGAAGUGAAACAGGUAAUAAUGUUGAGUGCGAGUGCGAAUAAGUUGUCCAAGUUGAAGGAUCAGGCCGCCGAAUAUGCAGCCUUGAUCAUGGAAGAGCUCGACGUGGAUCGCGUCGGCUACAUUGAGCUGAGUCAAUUGGAGACUCUGAUGCGCCAAUCGAUACUGGGACUUGGGAGGGAGGUUACCGUGAAUUACACCCAUGUAUUGACAACGAGAACUGAACGAUCCAAGAUAAUAAAAUUGGCUGAGAAAUGUGUCCACUUCUUUUUAGACAAUUGGAAACGAAUAUGGAUACUCGCCCUGUGGAUGUCGGUCAUGGCGGCUCUCUUCGCAUGGAAAUUUCUCCAGUACCGGGAUCGCAGUUCAUGGUGGAUCAUGGGCGAUUGUCUCUGCGUGGCGAAAGGUGCAGCUGAGACACUGAAGCUGAAUAUGGCGCUCAUCCUCCUCCCCGUCUGCCGCAACACUCUGACAAGGCUGCGGUCUACGCGAUUGUGGAAGAUCAUCCCGUUUGACGACAAUCUCGAUUUCCACAAGAUUGUCGCCGGAGGCAUGGCAGCAGGGGUGUUUCUCCACGUUGGUUGCCACGCAACUUGUGAUCUCCCGAGGUUCGUCAAUGCGGAUAAAGAAACUUUCUUCAAGCAUCUGGGUGACCAUUUCGAUACACAACCUACGUACUCUGACAUUCUGAAUAUGUCAGUGGGAUACAGUGGUGUGAUUAUGCUCGUGAUCAUGAUUAUCGCCUUCUUGCUGGCAACUCAUUGGUUCCGUCGGAGCCUGGUCAAGCUGCCAUGGCCAUUCCACCGGUUGAUGGGGUUCAACGCGUUCUGGUACUCGCAUCACCUGUUCGUCAUCGUAUAUGCCCUCCUCCUUCUGCAUGGAACUAAGCUCCUUCUCCCGAGUCCAUGGCAUGAGCGCACGACAUGGAUGUACAUUGCAGUGCCUCUGCUUUUGUAUGCGGGAGAACGGCUCCUGCGAAUGUACCGAACUAAUUCCAGCAAGGUGGACGUUAUCAAGGCGGCGAUUUACUCCGGCAACGUCCUCGCCAUUCAUAUGUCCAAACCAGAGGGCUUCAAGUACAAGAGUGGCAUGUACCUAUUCUUGCAGUGUCCUGAAAUCUCCUCGUUUGAAUGGCACCCAUUCUCUAUCACUUCUGCCCCGGAAGAUCCUUUUUUGAGUGUACAUAUCCGUACACUUGGUGACUGGACCGGUGAGAUGAUGAAAAUCUUCGCGGAUGCUUGUGGUGGGCGUAUGCGCCUGCAAACUGUGAAUAAUUAUGGGUUCAGUGGUGAAUUGACUUUGGCUGCAAGAUUUCCGAAGCUGUACAUCGAUGGCCCUUAUGGUGCUCCUGCGCAAGAUUAUCUCAAGUAUGACGUACUCCUUCUUGUUGGACUCGGGAUUGGGGCGACACCAUUCAUCAGCAUCCUCAAGGACAUGCUUCACCAUACCCGAAACGACUCGUCGGGACAUUCUUAUCCGAGCUCAACUCCUGACUUACGCCCAACGGAAAGCCCCAGAACUAGAAGCAAGAAGAAGGCCAAGAGGAAGCCCAAGGCAUACUUUUACUGGAUUACCCGAGAGCAAGGCUCCUUCGAUUGGUUCAGAGGAGUCAUGCGAGAAGUUGAGGAGAUUGAUAACAAGAGGUCUAUUGAGAUGCACAAUUAUUUGACUAGCGUUUAUGAGGAAGGUGAUGCUCGGUCCACGUUGGUCAUGAUGCUGCAAGCCUUGCACCACGCUAAGAAUGGAGUGGACCUGGUUUCAGGCACUCGCGCACGCACACAUUUUGCCAGACCCAACUGGAAGAGCGUCUUCUCGGGGCUGACUGCCACCCACCAGGACAAGCGUAUCGGGGUGUUUUACUGUGGUCCUGCAGCUCUUGCGAAUGAACUUGAGAACCUAUCAAGAUCAUACACACAGACGUCUUCAACGAAAUUCUCCUUCCACAAGGAAAACUUCUGAGAGUGCUCAUGAGGAUCGAUUUUGUAGAUAUGCUCAGUAUUCCAAGAAAUGGAAUUGUAUUAUAUUUACAUCGACAACUAGUGGCCAAUGAUGAAGUUCAAUCCACGACCAAUUAUUUACAAAUCCCCCGAAACAACGGUGUAUCCCAAACCUUUUUCACAUUUUUUUUCUAAUAUUUUUUGAAAGAGAUGUUUGAUCAAUUUUAUUGGAAGGAUCGAUCUAGAUUGAACCAGCUUGCAGAUUAGAUCAAUUACACUUGAUUCCAAUGUAGCAACACACAGCUUGCAGGGCGUCAUAUUACCAUAGUUUAAGCCAAGGCUCAACAACUAGGUCAAUUAUGCUUUUGGCUUUGCCAUGGAGAGAGACCGUCCGCGUCGAUCACCACUCUAAAUGAAACAUCAAUCAUGUAGCACACCAUAUAAAUUAGCUAGCCUGAUCAAAGCUAGGCCAGCUCUACUGGCAGAUAUGGAUCUCUUGGCACUUAUCUGGUGUCCUGUAUCAGCCUAUCCUUCUGAUUUAGUAACAAAGCGGACGUGGCUCCAAAUCUGUCCCUCCGCACCACUGGUUCAAUGAU